GUAUGACUUGCACAACAGCCCGUCCUUUGACGAAAGACUUGCAAAAGCCGUGGAGCAGAAAACCAAGGAGCUGAAGGACCUGGAGAAAGCACAGAAGGAUCGCAUCAGGGAGGCCGUGGAAGCCGGGCACAGUAAGUCCACAGCGACAUCCCCGCUCUCCGCGGUCCUACGGAAUCCUCCGGACAACAUGGAGAGGCAGCGUGAGAUCCUGGAGGAUAGGAACCGGACAAUGGCAACCGUAGCCAGGGAGUAUUUCCGCAAGCGCGAUGAGAUGGUGGAAAGACAGCGUCAGCGAGAACCGCUCUUUUCUGGGGGGGCUGUGGCGGAUGCCACGACGCAGCUGGAGGAGAAGGCGAAGAAGCUGAAACAGGAGAUGGCCGCCGAGCAGCUAAAGAACAGGCAGCAUAUCCUGGAGCUGCAAAACAAGGUCCUGGGGAGACCUCU